GGGAGGGCAGGAAGUUCUGUUUUCUGAUCCACUUACAUGUUUCAAUCUUGACUCUUUGGCUUGGCUUGGCUUUUGUCACCUGUCUCAGUGGCUGGUUCUAAGUGAAGUGGAGCAUGAGCCCGCGGAUGGUGCGCCCACAGCCACCAGCCAUGCUCUCUUAAAAGAAUCCAGAGUAUCUGCUGGAGAUAUGCUGCUUCAACUGGGUGGGGAUGAUGGAGGUGGCUAAGGAACCCAAGUUUCCUCGUAUCUUUGCUCUUCUGGCCCUAUGGCUCCAUGGGAAACGUCGUGCCGACCGUUGCAACCUGCCACUGCUUUCUUCCAGCAGCAUCAGCAAUCCGAAGGAAGGCUCUGUCCAAGAAUACACCAUCACAUACCUUGUGAAAGAAGGGUCUGAAAAGGCUGAUCCCUCACAGUUUCAGCUACUGAAAGUCCUUGGACAAGGAUCUUUUGGCAAAGUUUUCCUUGUAAGAAAAAUCACCCCACCAGAUAACGGCCACCUCUAUGCCAUGAAGGUCCUGAAGAAAGCAACUCUGAAAGUGCGUGAUCGUGUAAGAACAAAAAUGGAAAGAGACAUCCUGGUGGAAGUAAACCACCCCUUCAUCGUGAAACUCCAUUAUGCUUUCCAAACCGAAGGGAAGCUGUAUCUCAUCCUUGACUUCCUCAGAGGAGGAGAUCUCUUCAUGCGCUUAUCCAAAGAGGUGAUGUUUACUGAGGAAGAUGUGAAGUUCUACCUGGCAGAGUUGGCGCUUGGCCUCGGCCACUUGCACCGCCUGGGAAUUGUGUACAGGGAUCUUAAGCCAGAGAAUAUUCUGCUGGACGAUGAAGGCCAUAUCAAACUCACAGACUUUGGCUUGAGCAAAGAAGCCAUUGACCACGAGAAAAAGGCGUAUUCUUUCUGCGGAACAGUGGAGUACAUGGCCCCAGAAGUGGUUAAUCGACAGGGGCACACGCAGAGUGCCGACUGGUGGUCAUACGGUGUGUUAAUGUUUGAGAUGCUGACAGGGUCCCUGCCAUUCCAGGGGAAGGACCGGAAGGAGACGAUGACGCUGAUUCUCAAAGCAAAGCUGGGCAUGCCCCAGUUCCUGAGCUCUGAAGCACAGAGUCUCCUGCGAGCCCUUUUCAAGAGGAAUCCUGCCAACAGGUUAGGUUCUGGUCCAGACGGUGUUGAAGAAAUAAAGCGUCACCCUUUCUACUCCACCAUUGACUGGAAUAAACUCUUCCGCCGGGAAAUCCCACCACCUUUCAAGCCUGCCGUGGGCCAGCCAGACGAUACUUUUUACUUUGACAAAGAAUUCACCUCCCGCACACCUAAAGACUCCCCCGGGAUUCCCCCUAGCGCAGGAGCCCACCAGCUUUUCCGAGGGUUUAGUUUUGUGGCCACCAGCUUAAUAGAAGAGGAGAAGGCCAAAUCCCCACCAGUGCCUUUGCAUUCUGUAGUACAGCAAUUGCAUGGCAAGAAUCUCCAGUUCAAUGAUGGUUACGUUGUAAAGGAGGCCAUUGGCGUGGGUUCUUACUCAGUGUGCAAGCGCUGCAUUCACAAGGCGACGAACACAGAAUAUGCUGUCAAGGUCAUUGACAAGAGUAAGCGAGAUCCCUCGGAGGAGAUUGAGAUACUUCUACGGUACGGACAGCACCCAAAUAUCAUCACACUGAAGGACGUGUAUGAUGACGGCAAGCAUGUCUAUCUGGUGACAGAGUUAAUGAGAGGUGGGGAGCUGCUGGAUAGGAUCCUCAAGCAGAAGUGUUUCUCUGAAAGGGAGGCCAGCUCUGUCCUACAUACGAUUUGCAAAACAGUAGAAUACCUCCAUUCGCAAGGGGUGGUUCACAGAGAUUUGAAACCUAGCAACAUCCUGUACGUAGAUGAGUCUGGUAACCCAGAGUCUCUGCGUAUUUGUGAUUUUGGCUUUGCCAAGCAGUUGAGAGCAGAGAAUGGGCUCCUCAUGACCCCUUGCUAUACUGCCAACUUUGUGGCUCCAGAGGUUUUGAAACGUCAAGGCUAUGAUGAAGCCUGUGAUAUCUGGAGCUUAGGGAUCCUCCUCUACACAAUGUUGGCAGGGUACACUCCAUUUGCAAAUGGCCCUAACGACACUCCUGAGGACAUCCUUACUCGGAUAGGUGGGGCAAAGUUUUCCCUCAAAGGUGGAAAUUGGGACACCGUUUCUGACACAGCCAAGGAUCUCGUAUCCAAGAUGUUGCAUGUUGAUCCUCAACAGCGCCUGACUGCCAAACAAGUCCUUCAACACCCAUGGAUAACCCAGAAGGACAAGCUGCCCCAGAGUCAGCUCACUCACCAGGAUGUACAACUUGUGAAGGGUGCCAUGGCUGCCACAUAUUCUGCAUUGAACAACUCCAAGCCAAGCCCCCUGCUGAAGCCCAUUGAAUCCUCCUUCCUGGCACAAAGGCGAGUCAAGAAGCUUCCAUCUACUACAUUGUGACCUGGAAAUGCUCCCUCCAACUAUCCACACAUACCAGUGCUGCUUCUCUUGACUCUGCACGAGCCUUGCCUGGAUUUCAGGGAGGCAGAACCCAUCCCAGCAAGACAGCCGUUUUGAGGCAUUUUCUCAAAUGCAUAUCAGGGCCAAGUGCCUUUGGAAAGAAUUGUUCUUGCUCUCCCUGUGGAUUUUUCUUGUUUUGUUUUUUGUUUUAAGUGUAUAGAGAGACUAUUUGUAAAGGGUUGUGUAUAGGCGCAAGAGUUUAUGGCUCACUGCCUGUCACACAGCCAGUUUCCUCCACCUGUGAACAACCAAGUUUUGGACAAGAUGAUGCUUCUACAAUCCAAAUCUGGUACAGCUGGAAUAAUGUUCAUUUUGCCCUCUCAUCAAAGUCACUCCAACAGAGGGUUUUAUUUUUCUCUUACUCCCUCUGCCUAUUCAGAUACUCUCCCUUUGAUGUAAUCUAUGACAUCUCAUGUGCACAAGCUUCUUUGAUUUCACAUUCUUCAUCUUUCAAGCAACAUGAUCGCUGUCCAAGAGAUUUUGAACAUCAUUUUUCUCCCCUCUUUCCUUUCUCCUUUGGAUAUCACAUUAUUAUGGACACACUCACCUGUAAUGCCAGAAUUAUUACUAAUUUUCAACAUCCUUGAAUCCAGUGACUAAUGCCAGUGACUAAUGCCAGAAAUAUCUAGCUUUUGAACAUGAAAUGUUCUUGUAAGAAAACUGUUUUUCCAUGGGGAAGAUAUCAGGUUUUCUAGGUGAGAGGGUUGUCUUUUCUUUUUAAAAAUUCUGUCCAGAUAGCACAACCCAGAGCCUCAUGAUGCAGUGCAAAAAAAUCAGCUUGGCUCUGUCUCUUUUUUUAAUUUAAAUGAUUCUGUGGCUGGUAACUCAGGGUUUCUGUCUGAAUUUUCAAAUAAAACAGAUGCAGUUGAA